AGCUACCAGUACAUUGUGCCGGAUAAACUGUCCGGCUGAGCUCAUAAUCUCUAAAUAAAAAUGUAACCAGUACUCAAUAGUCAUUCGUCGGUUUGGCAAUAUACAGAAUGGUGAAGUUUUGGACGUGUACGUUGUUGCUGAUUUUUGUAAAACAUGGUUUAAUUUCUGCUUUGCAAUGUAAAAUAAAAGAGAAGCCUCAGCCUGCAAAUGACGAUUCGGGUUGCUUAAGAACAUGCGAAUAUCCGGCACAACCUAGGAUAUGCGAGUACGAGUUUACUGUUGCAUGGACAAAUAGUAUGUCAGCACACUGUGGAAACUGUCCAUUCGUCAGAGAAGAUUGUAGUUUGGAAAAUUGUAUAUCGGUCGACGGGUCUUCUCGAAAUGUACUAGCAGCGAAUGGGAGCUUUCCAGGACCAUCAAUUCAAGUUUGUGAAAACGAUAUAAUCAGAGUAAAAGUAAACAACAAUGCUCAGAAUUUUGCAGGCCUAUCCAUCCACUGGCAUGGGAUCCACCAAAUAGAUACGAACUGGAUGGAUGGCGUCCCGCGCCUGACGCAAUGUCCUAUAGCACGCGGAUCGUCGUUCGUGUACGAGUUCAAGGCUGAUCCUGCUGGAACUCAUUGGUGGCAUGUACAUACGGGUUUCUCCAGAGCAGACGGGUUACUUGGAUCACUUAUAGUUAGAAAACCCAAAAUAUUAGAACAAAAUAGUAACCAGUAUGAUUUUGAUCUACCAGAACACACUAUUAUGUUAUCAGAUUGGUCAAAUAUAGGAGGAUUAGAUACGUCUUUGAAGACGGCUGUUCCCGCAAAAUUUACAAGAACACCAACACUUACUAUACUUGUAAACGGAAAGGGAAGUACACAUGAAUUCAUUGACGACAAUGGUCAAACUUUCAAAACUCCAGGCACAAUAUUCGAAGUCCAGGAAGGCGUGCGGUAUCGAUUUCGAAUAAUCGGUGGAUUCGUUGCUGCUUGUACUACCUCGUUUUAUAUUACGGGUCACCGACUUAUUGUUAUUAAUGUGGACGGUUACGAAGUCGCUCCAGAAAAUGUAGGCUCGUUAAGGAUUGGUCCAGGAGAAAGAUAUGAUAUUGUUUUACAUGCUGACCAAGCGCCCUCAACGUACUGUGGAUAUAUGGUUGGAAUUGCCAACGCUUCAUGCGCGAACACUUAUUCGUUCUUACUGAAAUAUAAAAACAGUCAGUUUUCUCCGGUUUGCAACUCGAGUCACUCAUUUGUUAAUGAAGAGUAUGGUACUCCUCAACACCAGGAUGCAAGAAGAAUGCUUUCUUUGAACUUAGCGGAAUCUCUAGAACCAAUUGAUCCUGAGUGGUACAAUGUGGAUGAGACAUUUUAUAUUUCUUUGCGAUCCUUCGAUAUGUUCACAACCGGACCCUACGCUGGCCAGUUCUUUGGGCGUCCAGCGAUGAACAAUGCAGUCUUUUUAUCUCCGCAUAUGCCAUUCGUAACCAAUCCUCCAGGACCUUCUGAUACAUGCGAUACUACGAGAAAUAAAACUAUGUAUGAUACUUGUGUUGAGGAUCACUGCAUGUGUACAAACGUAUUGAAAAUUCAGCUUGGAAAGGUUGUAGACUUGGUGAUGUUGAAUCUGAAUGGUGAUAUUAUUCCUCAUGCGUUACAUAUGCAUGGAAGUUCGUUCCGGGUUCUGGGCGUAGCUUCCUUCAGAAAUACAUGGAUGAAUUUGCAGAAGGUUAUUGAACUUGAUGAGCAAGGUGGUCUAUUACGGCGCCCCGUCGAUAAAGCAGUCCUGAAAGACACUUUGAACGUCCCCGAGAAUGGCUAUGCUAUAUUAAGGAUCAAAGCAGACAAUCCGGGUUACUGGCUGUUCCAUUGUCAUAUAUUGAAUCAUGCAGAGGUAGGUCAAUGUAAACUAUUGUUUUGAUAUUGAAAUGUUUGAUUUGUGU